AUGGCGCGACUGGAGACGUCCCCCCUGCUAGCCAGGCUGCAGAACCCCGAAUCCCUCGCCGACCAGGUGGCCGCUCUGCGAGCUCUGAAGCACGAGCUGAUCGGUCAUGACCAGCGGAAAGAGGCCUGGAUUUCGUGGGGCAUUAUUCCCUUGCUCUCCAAGGUUCUGGCGCUACGAAGAGGGAACGGCAAGAAGGCCGCGACGUCGGGUGAGCUCAAUGGGACGAGAAAGCACAGCGACACGACAAGGCCCCGGACGGACGAAGAGGAAGCUUGUCUCCAGGCGGUCAUUAUCGUAGGGGCAGGUGCUGACAAGGUGCAUGCAGGUGGCCCGGCUUUCAUCUCCCCCAUCCUGGCAGGCGACAUUCUGCCCUCGAUGCUCUCGAUCCUGUCGUCUCCUGGCUGCCCGCAAUGGCUGACGCUCCCCAUUCUCAAGACCCUUGACACCAUCGCCGACCGCUUUCCGCUCCAGAACCCGAAUUGGCCGCAGGAUAACAAACUCGCCGAGCUCCUCUUCUCCAAGGAGCACGUCGGGUGCUUCGCCCACAUCAUCAGCCAGACGUCUGCUUCUCAAACAACCGUGUCCUCGGUCAACCUUGCUGCAGGCCUCAUUGCGAAACUCUGCACGGAGGAAACACACAAGUCGGCCCUGGCAGAGGCCGGAGUGCUGGAUGCCCUCGCGUUCAAAGUUGCCUCGUUCGUGGUAGCUCAAGGAUUCGUGCUACCCGGCGCAGAGAACCAUUUGCACGAGCCUGGGGUUUUACCCGCAUUUCCUCCACCCGCACCGGCCGGUGCCAGACUCGCACCAAUCCUGCGUGCGGUGGCCGUGAUCAUUGAGCAUGCCAAAUGGCGGGCGGAACUCUUCCUGUCGUCACCGGGGAUCGUCACCGUGUUUCCCAAGCAAUUACCGGAAUUCUCCCCCGCAGACAUCAAGAAAGCUCCUUGGGGAUCAACCUAUUUGUCCGGAUUUGCAGUGCCUCGUCCAAUCGCAAACCCGAUCGAUACCAUCCUGCCGGCCGUUCCUGUCCCCCAAUCAAAGGCUUCGAGUAACUUCCCACCCCUGGUUCCUCAUGGUUCCUAUGGCAAACACGGCCAGCUGCUGAACACGUAUCUCGAAUCGGCCCCUGACGAGGAGGAAAACGCAAUCGUACCGUGGCUGUUACAUGUGAUCAGAGCGGAAUCGGGCAUGACUCGAUUAAUGGCUGCCCGUCUCCUGACCGUCUUGUUCCGUCUGGGCCUAGCCAAGGAGCAUCGGAUACCCAUGUUGAGCUACUUAUUGAUCCCGGUGCUCAUUCGGAUGUUCGAUAAAGAUUACGAGAUGAAGGAUGAGUCGGAUCCCGAGUAUGAUGGCUUGAUCCCGACGACGCUUCGCCUGAGAGAGGAGGCUCCGUCCGUCCUCGCUACUCUGGUCAUGGAUUCGAAAGAGCUGCAGAAACCAGCCGUCGAAGGAGGCGCGAUCAAGAAAUUAUCGCAACUGCUCAAGGAGACCUAUAAUCCGCUUCAGGAGAACCCCAAAUCCAUGUGGCAUGCCGAGAGUAGGCGGACGGAUUCACAACCAGAGGCUUCACCCGAGUGUCGGCUGGGACCAGCUGGAUACCUCCCAAUGGUCUGCCACAUCCUGCGGUAUCGGGAGAGCAUUUUGAUGGCGCUUGCUGCCGUGGCGCCUUCCAAGGAUGAGUACCGGAAGGCCAUCUGUGACCACGGGGCCGUGCCCUAUAUUAUCGACUCUCUGAAGCCGCGUCCCAGCCAGCCAGCGGAGGAAGCGACGGGGACCAAGAACACCGUGGCGGAUGGCAACCCGACGCCGACGUUGCUGGCCGCCUGUUGUGCUACCAGAUCGCUCACUCGUUCCGUGAGCAUCCUCCGAACAAGCCUCAUUGAUGCUGGGGUGGCGACUCCUCUCUUUGUGUUGAUCAAACACCCCGAUAUCGAAGUGCAGAUCGCAGCGACGUCGGUGAUAUCGAAUCUGGCGUUGGAUUUCAGUCCCAUGAAAGAGGCUAUCAUUUCUGCGGACAUUCUGUCCAUUCUCUGCGAUCAUGCUCACUCUCCUAAUCUCAAGCUUCGGUUGGAAUCUCUUUGGGCUCUCAAGCAUAUCGCGUACAACUCCGCCAAUGAUAUCAAGACCAAGAUCCUCGCGGACCUGGGGCCAGUUUGGUUGAGGCAAAUUCUCCUACAGGACCCGGUAGAGAUACUAAAUAGACACGGGACAACGACGGAUUUUGAGAAUGGAUCCACGCUGGGCAUGGGGACAUCGAACUCGGCCGGCGAACAGGUCGAUCUGUUGAAUCCGAUGGAGGACGUCCGAAGAGAUCGAGAGGAGGACCUCCACAUGACGGAUGCACCCAAGUCCAGCACGGACUAUUAUCUUUCCGACCCGGCGAAGCGACGCAAACUGGCCUUGAGUGCUGAGAUGGAUCGGAUCAAGGAGGCCCAGCAGGACGAGAUCGCGGUGCAGGAACAGGCGUUUGAUCUGAUCCGCAAUACCAUCUGCGGGCCCGGAGCCACCGAGAUGGCCGACUAUAUUUUCCGAGAAAUGGGGCAGAACGAGGUUUUGGAUAGUCUGGCGGACAAGCUCCGACCGCGGAGUGCCCCGGUUCCGAGCCGGAGAGAUUCAACUUCGCCCAAGUCGAUCACACCGGUCCCUGUGGAGAUCUUGAUCGCCGUGACUUAUGUGAUCGUGCAUCUUGCAGCCGGGAACCAGCGGCAUCGAGAGCUGCUGUUCUCGCACUAUGACUUGAUGAAGAAUCUGAUGAGCUUUUUCAACCACCCCAACCGCUACGUGCGGGUGAACUGUGUGUGGACGGUCCUCAAUCUGACCUUCAAAGACGACCAUAGCGACCACCAAGCGUGCCAAGAACGUGCGCUCAAACUGAAAGCCCUGGGCGCGAUGGAUCGGCUCCUGAGCCUGGAAGAGGAUCCGGAUCUCGACGUGAGGGAACGCACCAAGACGGCACUCAACAUGAUGCGCACGUUUACUGUAUAA